ACCAUUCAUCUCAAGGGAACCUCAUCUCGGUGCUCGGAAAGCAGAAGGAGAAACCAGCAGGCGGCAACGGGUUGUCGCUCCUCGAAGCCGGCUGGUGCCCACUUUUCGUAGCACUCUUGGACACCGACGCAUUUUUCUUUUUCUCUUUUAACGGGGAGUGUUUAUUUUUGGUGGUAAUUUUUAACCCGUUUGGAUUCUACGUUGAUUUGUCUCCGACGUCUUCCACCCCCCCCCACACACCUCAGCGCAGCAAUAGCUGGGCGUCUUCUCAUCGGGCGGUGGCGACAGCGACGGAGGUGCACAUGAGGAGCGCUGUGACGACGGCAUCCUGACCAGUAACCUCGCGCGUGCAGCACACCCUCACGCCCGGCGAACCCCAACAGCGGGCGUUGUUGGAAGGAAGGAAGGAAGCCCGGUGACCGCUCUUCCCGUCGGCAUGAGGUCCUUCCGUUCCUUCAGCAAUGACGACCGCCACGUCAUGGCGAAGCACUCCACCAUCUACCCGUCGUCUCACGACUUGGAGGCGGUUCAGACGCUCAUCUCCAACGUGGAGUGCGCCCUCAAACACGUCUCGGACUGGCUGGAUCAGACCAACUCGGAGGCACUCGGUCAAGCGGACGGCCGAGCGCCGGACGGCACGGACGACGAGAAGCCCGGCGGGGAAGCCGAGGGAUCCGACGAUGGCCGCAGGGAGGCCAGCGGCGGUCGAGUGCUGUGCGGAGUGAUGAGAAUCGGUUUGGUGGCGAAAGGGCUCCUCAUAAAAGGCGACAUGGACCUGGAGCUGGUGUUGAUGUGCAGAGAUAAACCCACGCAGAUAUUAUUGGACUCGGUCUGCAACAACUUACCCGGCCAAAUAGAGAAGCUGACAGAGGAGAAAUACGAGGUCAGGAGCUCCCUGCCCGAAGCGGCCAUCGUGGUACGGACUACAACCGAGCCCAAACUCACACUGAAGAUCACACUCACCUCUCCGGCCAUGAGAGAUGAGGACGAGGAAGAGGAGGAGGAGGAAGAGGAGGAUGAAGUGGGGGAGCACGAGGAGUUACACGGGGAGGAAGCUCAGGAUGUGCUGGCGGCAGAGGAGGAGGACGUGGAGGGCCACGAGGAGUUACACGGGGCGGGAACUGAGGAGGUGGCGGCAGAACAGGAGGACGACGUGGAGGAGAUGGAGAAGAGGAAUGGCCACGUGUCGGGUGCUGCCGCGCAAAGAGUGGAGGCUGAGGAGGAGGAGGAGGAGGAGGAGGAGGAAGAGGGAGAGGUGCUGGAUAGACACAGAUGUCUGUUGGCCCUGGCAGCGCUGCGACACGCCAAGUGGUUCAAGGCUCGAGUGAACGGACUCAAGUCCUGCGUUAUCGUUCUCAGGAUACUUAGAGAUAUGUGCAAUAGACAACCCGCCUGGGAGCCCCUUAACGGAUGGCCUUUGGAACUGAUCUGCGAGAAGGCCAUCGCCACCUGCAACAGACCUCUCGGGGCAGGAGAAGCCUUGCGCCGAGUGAUGGAGUGUCUCGCCUCGGGCAUACUGCUACCAGGCGGUCCAGGUUUGCGCGACCCGUGCGAGAUGGAGCCCACCAACACUUUAGCCAACAUGACGGAUGAGCAGGCCGAGGCCAUUACCUUUAGCGCACAGCGUGCUCUCAGGCUCAUGGCGUUUGGACAGAUCUGCAAAGUGCUGGAGAUGGAGCCUCUUCCCUCAAAUAAACCGUUGCAGAAAUACGCUUGGUGUGACAAAGAAGGCUCGGGUUUGAAAAGGCCAUACGACGAGGGAAUGAUGGACGACAAAGACCUCAUCAAGAAGAUGAAGCGGAAUCUUAGGAGAGUUCUCGACAGCAAAGCCAUCGACUCCAACCAGCCAAUGAACGCCCUGAUGCGGUUGAACCAGAUCCGUCCAGGUCUGCAGUAUCGCCUCCUCUCCCAGUCGGGCCCGGUUCACGCCCCCGUCUUCACCAUGUCCGUGGACUUGGAUGGGAGCAUCUACGAAGCGUCGGGCUCCUCCAAGAAGACCGCCAAGCUCCAUGUUGCUGUCAAGGUUCUCCAGGCGAUGGGCUACCCGACCGGUUUUGACUCGGACCUGGACCCCAUGAGCUCGGACGAGAAGUCCGACGGCGAAGGCAAGAGCGAGACGUCCUCGCACACGAGCAAUAACGCGACGCACUCCUCGGACGGCUCCAACACGCUGGAGGUGCGAACUCAGGGCCCCAUACUGACGGCGAGCGGGAAGAACCCCGUCAUGGAGCUGAACGAGAAACGGCGAGGUCUCAAGUAUGAGCUCAUCUCUGAAAGCGGAGGCAGCCACGAUAAGCGCUUUGUCAUGGAGGUGGAGGUGGACGGACAGAAGUUCCGUGGGGCGGGCCCCAACAAAAAGGUAGCAAAAGCCAGUGCGGCUUUGGCCGCUCUGGAAAAACUCUUCUCUGGUCCCAACGCUGCUGCAAACAAGAAGAAGAAGCUGCUGCCUCAGACGAAAGGAGCCCUAGCUGCGGCGGCGGCGGCCUCGGCCGUGGCGGCUCAGGUAGCCCAAGGACGAGGACGGGCGGCCCUCGCGCGGGGAGCCUUCGUUAGCGCCGCGGCGCCAGGAUACGUCACGCCGGGCUUCGGAACGCCGUACGCCUACAGCCCGGCCGCCGCCGCCGCCGCAGCUGCUCCUGCGUACGGGGGUCUUUUCAUAGACAAUCCCUUCUACCAGCCACGGACCCUCGCGCCCUUCAUCAUCCACCUGGGCCCCCAGGAUCUCUUUUCUGACUUCUAGAGGAGAUGACAGGUUUUUCGGGUCGCCCCCCUCCCUCCCACCACCUCGUCACACGUUACUCUGCGGCGGCUCACACUUCCUGCCUCUUUCUUUUUUUUUUUUUUUUUUCCUGGGAGGCCUUCCUCUUCUUGCUGCUGCGCUUGGAUUUCUAAACAGGCAGCAGAACGUGACAGCUCCUCUCUUCUUCUUCUUCUUCUUCUCGAUGAAGCGGACACCUCAUGAUGGGAGGAGGAGAUUGGGUGAGGGGGUCGGGGGGCUAUGGGGUGGCUCUACGUGACCCUAAAAGCAAUACUCGCAUUUGGCGAGAAAAGCGUGAGCGAGCUGCUCUUUCAAGCAAUAGCAAUACACACGAACUCCUCUCUUCAAGAAGAAUGUCCGGCGAGUUCACGCGGCGUUGCAAUAGCUCAUCUUGAUUGUAUCCAAAUUGGGUGUGCGUACAUGUGCGAUAUGACACACACACACACACGCACACACACACACGUAUAUAUAAACAAACAAUGUGUGGUAACUACAAUAUUAUAACGAUGUAACUAUGUAAAUACAUUUUAAAGGAUAACUUAUUGUUAUAAAUUAUUUUAGGACGAUGCAGUGACAUGUGCGUGUACUAAGGCACUCUAGCUUUCUUCCAGUUUUCUAUAACACGAGCGACUCGUAGGAGAAACCAAUAUUUAUCUUUAGCCAUUAUUCCUAUUAAUCGCCGCUCUUAGAAAAAAAAAUAAGGACUUUCCUUUCCUUCCUAGACGUCGUUCUGAGCCUAACGCCACGAGGUGCUCGCUUUUUCUUAUCAGCGAAUCACACACACACACACACACACACACUUUCUGCAAGUAAGCACAUGUUCUGAAGCCUCACCGCUGGCAGGGAACGCCCUUUGUGUUUGUUUGUUUGUUUGUUUGUUUGCGUGUGCUCAUCUAUGAAACAUGUCCGCCGUGCCGGUCAGCUCCGAGGGGAAUUUUGCUCGUUGGCCUUCAUGCGCAAAAAGCACACGCGUCGCACAGCGUCAUGACUCGAUAUUGAACUCGCCGCACAUCCGGGCUUUUUAAGGUCACUAUUUCGGAGUUUAUGUUGCAUCGUUAAGGGUGGAAAGUGGCCUUUUGACAUCAAAAUGUGCUGCCCGACGGACGGACGGACGGAUAGACGGUCGGAGACGAAACGCAAAAUGUUCAAUGGCUGUAUUUGGACACUUUUGGGAGAUGGAGCGUGUCUUUAAUUGCAGUUUUGUUAUUUUUGUUUCGUUUAGUUUCAGCUGCCAAAUUAGUUUGCGCCUGUCGUUGCCCAUGUUUAAUUCCAGUGAGCGUGUCUUUUCAAAGGUUUGUAAACUCAAGAUAAAUUUUAAAAAAAUAGCCCGACAAAAAGUCAUUUUGAACAACCGCCAAUGCCUUUGCCGACGGAAGCCCCGUCGCUGCCACGUAAAACAAACGCUCAUGAGCACAUUGUCAAAUAUCAUUUUGACAUCAUGAGUGAUUAACAUUGCUAAAUCCGCCAUUUAAAUGCAGAUGAUAAUGAAUUUUUAUUUUUUUUUGGGGGGGGGGGGUGAUUGGCACGUAGAAGCCAAGGUUGAGGACAGCUCCACGCAUUAUUGCGUGGAACCUGACCUUCUGACCUUUGACACGUCUUUUUUUCCCCCCUUCUGCCUGGUCUCUGCACGUACCCCCCCCCCCUUCCACUCUCCCCUCUCUCCAGAUGGCCCCCAUUAAUGAGGCAGACAGUGAGCAACCUCCUCGUUUCCCCUCCGGCCUCCCGAGUGGCAUGCUAGCAGUCACCCUGGCCACGUGCAUUUAAAAAAAAGGAAAAACGCCAUUUUAACAAGCCAAGUUGAUUAGAAAAGAGCCUCAAUGACGACAGCAAAUAUGAACAACUGUCUCCUUGAACAUUUUUAAAAAUGUUCAGUGCCUCGGAACUCGCUGCCUCGCACGUCCAUAUUUCCCGCUUGGUAGUAUCGACCCAAUGGUAUCGAGGAGCUAUCGAAAAAAAUGAACAAGGACGUAUUCUGGCGUGUUCAAAUGCAGCCACUGAGCACGUCAAAGUAGCGCGCGCGGCUGUCGGGUUUGGAAACCACUGAGCGUAUUCCGACUCCUUUGCUGGCCAGCCGAAAUAGAUCGCAAAUAGAUGCGGCGUCACGUUUCACUUGCGCAGUGGACCAGAAUAACUGCGGAUCAUAUCAUUUUCCCCAUGUGUGUGUUUGCGGGGGUGGGGGGGGGGGAUUAUCUACACGCUGCACACACACACACACACACACACCCAUGUAGCCAGACGCUUACACACAUGAAGCAUGUCGUCGCAUUCAUACCUGCUGGUCAAGGUUCAACAUUUGGAAGGAUGGAACGUUUAGUUUGAGAAUGUACACGGUGUUGUUCUCGUGAUUGUAGAGUAGAAUGUAUUUACUCCUAUAGAGUAAAGAAAAUAUAUUAAUACAACCUAUAUACAGUAUAUGGUCACAUGCGCAAAAAAAAAUAUUAUAUAUACCUGUAUAUACAGUAUAUAUAUUUUCAAGCGGACGUGUUUUUGGGUGCAUUCCAAUUAUUUUCUUCCGUUUUUAUUUCAAACGUUUUGACAAAAUCUAGUGUCUUAUGAGCUUGUAAAUAUAUUUUUUUGUUUUUUUUUUCAAGAAAGCCUUUGACUAAAAAUAAAUCAAAUACAAAUAAAUAGAUCAAUAAAUAAAUAACCUUUUUUUUUUUUUUUUUUUGGUCUGAUGCUGCCUAUGAAACUGCAAAGCGAUAUUUAAUCCUCAGAGUCUACCGAAUUGAUCGGAGUGCGCCGAAGGAGACAAUAAUGGCGGCGACGGGAUUGUGCUGUGUUCACUGUUUGGUAGCAAAAAAAAAAAAAAAAAAAAACAUUCACAGCAGUGCUGCUUUGCACUUUGUCACUUCAUUUCUGCUUGUGGGAGUGAAUAAUAAAAGCGAGAAAGUGCUGAAUCAUUC